UAAUAUAAAGUUGCAUAGAAUGGAGCUCACUUUGAACAUCUUCACCUCAACAUUCUUAGUAGUAGAUUAGUAAUGGCCUCCCUAAGGACCUUACUGAAGCAAAGGUCAUAUGGUGUUGCUCCAUGCCACCACAACUCCAUUAUCAGGAACCUCUUCUUCUCAACAAGCACUGCUGCUGCUGGUUCUUCUUCCUCUGCUUCUUUUGCUCAGAGACUCAGAGAUUUGCCAAAGGAUCUUCCUGGAACCAACAUCAAGAAACAUGUCUCCCAGCUUAUUGGGAGAACCCCACUUGUUUAUCUGAACAAAGUGAGUGAAGGAUGUGAGGCUUAUAUUGCUGUCAAGCAAGAAAUGAUGCAGCCUACUGCCAGCAUCAAGGACAGGCCAGCACUUGCAAUGAUUGAAGAUGCUGAGAAAAAGAAUCUGAUAUCCCCUGAAAAGACAACUUUGAUUGAGCCUACAUCUGGGAAUAUGGGUAUCAGCAUGGCAUUUAUGGCUGCUAUGAAAGGAUACAAGAUGGUAUUGACCAUGCCCUCUUACACAAGCUUGGAGAGAAGGGUGACAAUGAGAGCUUUCGGAGCCGAUCUGAUCCUAACUGAUCCAACCAAAGGAAUGGGGGGGACAGUAAAGAAGGCUUAUGAUCUUCUUGAACAAACGCCAAAUGCUUUCAUGCUGCAACAGUUUUCAAAUCCUGCCAAUACCAAGGUGCAUUUUGAGACCACAGGGCCUGAGAUAUGGGAGGAUACAAAUGGACAAGUCGACAUAUUUGUUAUGGGAAUAGGUAGUGGAGGCACUGUCUCUGGUGUUGGACAAUAUCUUAAAUCCAAAAAUCCUAAUGUUAAGAUAUAUGGAGUGGAGCCAGCUGAAAGCAAUAUCCUAAAUGGUGGUAAACCUGGUCCACAUCAUAUUACCGGUAAUGGGGUCGGAUUCAAACCAGACAUAUUGGACAUGGAUGUAAUGGAGAAAGUUCUUGAGGUUAGCAGUGAAGAUGCAGUCAACAUGGCCAGGGUGCUGGCCUUGAAGGAAGGACUCAUGGUUGGUAUUUCAUCCGGAGCUAAUACGGUUGCAGCUCUAAGAUUGGCUAGUAUGCCUGAGAACAAAGGCAAACUUAUUGUGACUGUCCAUCCAAGUUUUGGCGAACGAUACCUUUCGUCUGUGCUGUUCCAAGAGCUUCGUGAUGAAGCUGCAAAGAUGCAGCCAGUGGCAGUUGAUUAAUGCUUUUCAUGUGAGUUCAUAUACAAACUAGAACAAAGCUUGAUUUGUUGUGGGGUUACAUGGAUCAACAUAGCUGUUACAAUACUGUUGUAACAAAAAAUUGUCAAAUUCAGUUUGCUAUCCAUCCUAUUGUAGCGGAAAUUGUUAAUUAAUGGCAGGUCUUUGAUGAAGCUUACAAUAAUAUAUAUAUUAUGAGAAAAGGAGUAAUUGAUUCCUAA